CCCGCCCCACCUCGCCGCCCGCUCCGCUCCUUGCAGCCUCCGCGGACCCGCAGCCAUGGCCGACAUCAAGACGGGCAUCUUCGCCAAGAACGUCCAGAAGCGACUCAACCGCGCGCAGGAAAAGGUCCUUCAGAAGCUUGGGAAAGCUGAUGAGACAAAAGAUGAACAGUUUGAAGAAUAUGUGCAGAACUUCAAACGGCAAGAGGCAGAGGGUACCAGACUUCAGCGAGAACUCCGAGGAUAUUUAGCAGCUAUCAAAGGCAUGCAAGAGGCUUCCAUGAAGCUCACCGAGUCGCUGCAUGAAGUCUACGAGCCCGACUGGUACGGGCGCGAAGACGUGAAAACGGUCGGUGAGAAAUGUGAUGUGCUGUGGGAAGACUUCCAUCAAAAACUAGUGGAUGGGUCCUUGCUGACACUGGACACCUAUCUGGGCCAAUUUCCUGACAUAAAGAACCGCAUCGCAAAGCGCAGCAGGAAGCUGGUGGACUACGACAGUGCCCGCCACCACCUGGAGGCUUUGCAGAGCUCCAAGAGGAAGGACGAGAGUCGCAUCUCUAAGGCAGAAGAGGAAUUUCAGAAAGCACAGAAAGUGUUUGAAGAGUUUAACGUUGACUUACAAGAAGAGUUACCAUCAUUAUGGUCAAGACGAGUUGGAUUUUAUGUCAGUACUUUCAAAAAUGUCUCUAGCCUAGAGGCCAAGUUUCAUAAGGAAAUUGCGGUGCUUUGCCACAAACUAUACGAAGUGAUGACGAAAUUGGGUGACCAACACGCUGACAAGGCCUUCACCAUUCAAGGAGCUCCCAGCGACUCGGGUCCUCUCCGUAUUGCAAAGACGCCAUCGCCGCCCGAGGAGCCUUCACCCAUCCCGAGCCCGACAGCUAGUCCAAAUCACACGCUGGCACCUGCAUCUCCUGCACCAGCCCGGCCUCGGUCACCCUCGCAGACAAGGAAAGGGCCUCCUGUCCCACCGCUCCCUAAAGUCACCCCAACAAAGGAGCUGCAGCAGGAGAACAUCAUCAGUUUCUUCGAGGACAACUUUGUUCCGGAAAUCAGUGUGACGACGCCUUCUCAGAAUGAAGUCCCUGAGGUGAAGAAAGAGGAGACCUUGUUGGAUCUGGACUUUGAUCCUUUCAAGCCCGACAUGCCCUCUGCGGGUUCUGCUGGAGUAACCCACUCACCGAUGUCGCAGACAUUGCCCUGGGACCUAUGGACGACAAGCACUGAUUUGGUACAACCGGCUUCUGGAGGUCCAUUUAAUGGAUUCACCCAGGACACUACAUUAUUCACAAUGCAGACAGAACAGAAUAUGAUCUGUAACUUGGCUGAACCUGAACAGGCUCCGCCCACAGAGCCGAAAGCAGAGGAGCCCCCCGCUGCUGUACCACCUGCUGCUGGGCUGGACCUUGGACUUGACACCCAGGCUGAGGAGCCAGUGGAGGGGGCAGAGCUCAUCCCUGCAACGGAUGCUGAUGUGACGGUUGGGACCUUGGUGCCGGCAGCCGAGGGGGCCCCCGUGGGGGAAGCAGAGACAGAGAAGGUGACUCUUCCUGCUGGAGAAGGAGCGAGUUCAGAGGAGGCCAGGAUUGACACCGAAGCCACAGAGGCUGUAGAUGGUGACAGACCUCAACCGGUAGAAACGGAAGCAGCAGCAACUCAGGAGAAGGUCAUACCUUCGGUGGUCAUAGAGCCCGCCUCCAACAAUGAAGGGGAGGGAGAACACGAAGACACCAUGGGUGCAGAGUCCAAGGAGGCAACUGUUGACGCGGUUCUCCCGGGCUCCACCGGCGAGACACCAGCGCUGGCCUCAGAGGAGCAGGAGGCAGGCAAGGCCUCCCAGCCGGCCGCCCCCUCCGCAAGCGAGGCCCUCCAGGAAGGGCCUCCCGGUUUCCUCUACAAGGUGGAAACACUGCAUGAUUUCGAGGCAGCAAAUUCUGAUGAGCUUACCUUACAAAGGGGUGACGUGGUGUUGGUGGUGCCCUCAGAUUCCGAAGCUGACCAGGAUGCAGGCUGGCUGGUAGGCGUGAAGGAAUCAGACUGGCUUCAGUACAGAGACCUCGCCACGUACAAAGGCCUCUUUCCAGAGAACUUCACCCGGCGCCUGGAUUAGGGCCAAAAGUAUUGUAGAAAGAGCCUGUUUACUGGGUUUUUAAACCUUUGUGAAAUCCUGAAGAGCUCACUUUUGCUAUGACACUCUUAGUGAUUUGCAGACCAAUGCCAGACAAAGUUUGGGAGGCUAUGUCAAUGAAGCAUGUGUGCAAACAAAUGUUUAGAGGCAAAAAAACCAAGUAAAUUAAGGAAAAAGUC